AUGGGAAAUGCUUUAAUUAUAUUGGAUGUGACUUGGGGUCUUUUUUUCGUUGCAGCAACUGUAAUUUAUCUGAUCCUUGCUAUAUAUAUUUAUAAGAAACGAAACAUUGGUGAGCUAUUUGCGAGGUCUCCUGGGAUCCUUAUUUUUUCGAUAGCUUCAAAUUACAUUGACACAGUUUCAUCAAUUACUCUAGGAAUUUAUGAAUUUUUAGGAGAGUCUGACUAUGAAAUAAACUCAAUUCCUGCUUAUAUUAUAUAUAAUAUUUCUCAUCAAGCUUUAUUUGCUUCAAAUAUUCUGCGGAUCUAUCGAUUAAAUUUCCUGCAAAUUUUGCAAUAAAAAUAUUUAUUUCCCGCAAAAAAAAAAAAGAUUUUUACUUAAAAAAAAAUUUUUUAAUUCAUUUUAAUGCUUAUAAAUUUUUACUAGAAAAAAUUAGAACAGGCGCUAUUGUAACCCAUACUAAAUACUUAAACAGAAAAGCUAGGCUUACAAGUUGAUGAAAUAUUAAAAUGUCUACUCUUUAUAUAAUCCCCGUUUCUAGUAUUUUUAUAGUUUUAAAAGUUCUUGAGCUUUCUUAUAGCAUGCAAAAUACAUUGACUCACAGCCUAAAAUCGGAGAUUGAGCUUGCUUAUUACAUUUUCUGAUUUUUUACAGCAAUAACUGAACAGGUUUUAUGUUUUAUUUUUAUUUAUAAAAUUCGUAAUGUCCAGACAAGUUUUUAUAUCAAACUUGAGUUGUGUUUGUUUUCAUUAAUAUGGUCAAUUGGGAUCAUUUCUCCAUUAUGUGAUACCUAUCCUUUUCAUUUGUAUACUGUUCCUAUCCGCAAUUUGAUAAUGAUUUUGGUCACAAUUUCGAGCCUAUUGCAUCAGACUAUAAUAAAUCGGGUGGUUCCUUUGCCUGAAUUAAUGGACUCAAGGCUUAUUAUAGAAAAUGAGUCUGUGCAUCGGCAUUUUCGAAGAUACAUAAAUAGGAUUAAAUGCGAAAAAUGAGUUAUUUAUUUGCUCCCUCUCCGUGGUCGAACAAAUAAAUUAUGUUCGUUCUUAGAGGAGGGUAAUUUUUUUAAAAGAUUUUAUGGUAAAUUGUUUUUUUAGAAUUUAAAAAAAAACAAUUGAAAAUUAAUUUAAUUUAUAAAAAAAUUUAUAUUUUUAAAAUGCAAGCCACUUAAAACCCAUCAGAAUUAGCAAGAGAUUUCAUUAUACUAAUUAUCACUUAUAUAUUUAUAUAUAAAAUUAUUUUUUUUAUAAACAAUUUUUAUAUGAGAAAAUUUUUGUUCACUUCGCGGAGGUUUUUUUACCUAAAAAUAGGGAUUUUCCAAUGGCUUUGUUCAAUCACGGAGGGAGAGAGAGUUAGACAUACUGGUAAAAAUAAGUAUCUUUAAGCUAAAACCGACAAUUCAAGAAGCAAAAAUAAUUUCUAGGAUGCUAAUCACAAACCAAAUGCUUUUUUCCGAAAACUUGUCAAAAGAUAUAAUGGAUGGGCUAUCAGAUACGACUGAGGUUGAGGAGUCUAUAUUUGAUGAAAUCCAAAUUUUUAUUAUAGACCAAUUUGAUACAUGCCACAUUAUAUUAAUUUUGAUACCAUUGGAUUCACAGUUUUCCUGAAUUUUUAUCAUUAAUAUAUUCAUAUAACUUUGAAUAUGCAUAAAUCUAUCAUUCAUAUAAAACCCUAACGAAAAUUCACCAUAAAUAGCUAUAACAAAUACUUUUAACCUAAUUUAUCCUCAACGAUAUAUACAUUUACCCAAAAUUCAAAAAUUCAAGCUGCUAUUCAAGCCUAGCCAGAGAAGCUGACGAGCUGCUAGAAAUUCUUUAA